AUGGAGGUACCCAAGGACGAAGUUGAUGCAUCCAACAUAUCAGACUCUAUCUCCAAAGACAACACACCAGAAGAAGACGUGCCAACAAACAUAGCCCUCCAAAAAGAAAUAAUCCUAAGCCCCAACGAACUCGAUGGCGAAGAGGCAGUUUAUCCCCACGGCUUAAAGUUGGCAGUAAUUCUAGCCGCGCUGUGCCUUGCCGUCUUCCUAGUAGCUCUAGAUCAGACCAUUAUCGCGACUGCUAUUCCGAAAAUCACGGAUCAGUUCAAUAGCAUACAGGAUAUUGGGUGGUAUGGUAGCGCAUAUCUUUUGACGACUACGGCGUUGCAGCCUACUUUUGGAAGAAUCUAUACUAUAUUCAGUAUCAAACUCACCUUCAUCGCGGCCAUUAUAAUUUUCGAAAUCGGUUCUUUGGUUUGCGCCACUGCGCCGAAUAGCACUGCGUUGAUUAUAGGUAGAGCUGUGGCGGGAAUAGGGGUUGGAGGUUUAUUUUCCGGGGCGAUAGUUAUUUUGGCAUAUUGUUUACCCCUACGAAAACGACCAGCUGCUUUUGGUUUGAUUGGAGGAAUGUGGGGGAUUGCUUCUGUCGCUGGGCCAUUACUUGGAGGUGUAUUCACUGACAGAGUAUCCUGGCGUUGGUGCUUUUAUAUUAAUCUCCCCAUCGGCGCCAUUGCCAUCGUUGUAAUCGCCGUCUAUCUUAAAAUCCACCGCGCCAACAACCCCGAGAAUCUCUCCAUACUCGCUCGUAUCAAAAAGCUCGAUCUCAUCGGCACAGCAAUUCUCAUUCCAGCCGUCAUAUGUCUUCUUCUGGCUCUCCAAUGGGGUGGUACUACAUACCCAUGGAGUUCUGCUAAAAUAAUCGGUCUCCUCGUCGGGUCUGCCUUAUUAUUCAUCCUCUUCAUCACCUCCCAGAUCAUCCUUGGCGAUAAAGGCAUCUUACCUCCCCGCUUCUUCAAAGAUCGCAAUACUAUCCUCGCAUACAUCUUCGCCUUCUUCUUUGGCGCCGGUUUCUUUGCCCUAAUCUUCUACCUAGCAAUCUACUUCCAAUCCGUCAAAGGCGCUUCUGCCACCAAAGCCGGUAUUCAGCUUCUCCCACUCCUAAUAUCUACCGUCAUAUCAUCCAUCGUAACCGGAGGUCUCAUCACCGCCAUCGGAUAUUACACUCCCGUGAUGAUAUUUUGCAUGAUAUUUUUCGCCAUCGGAUCCGGUCUCAUCACCACCUUCUCCCUCACAACCCCCAUAUCCAAAUGGUUCGGCUACCAAGUCAUCACCGGCAUCGGUAUCGGCGUCGGCUUCCAAGGCGGCGUCCUAGUCGUGCAGACCGUCCUCCCACUCGUCGACGUUCCCGUCGGUACAGCCUGCGUAUCAUUUUUCCAAUCCCUAGGCGGCGCCCUCUUCAUAUCCGUUUGUCAAACGCUCUUCCAAAAUGGUUUAAAAUUCGGAAUCGAAGAACGUGCUCCCCAACUUGAUCCGCAGUUAUUUCUCCACAGUGGUGCAACGGAGAUUCGCCAAUUGCUAACACAGCUGAAUCAGGAAGAAGCGUUAGAAGCGGUGCUGCAAGCGUAUACAACAGGGCUUACGCAUUGUUAUUGGGUGACGACUGCGUGUGCGAUUUGUAGUUUUGUGGCGGCCUGUGGAUUAGAUUGGAAGAGUGUGAAGAAGGGGCACGGACAAGAAAAGGAAAGAGAGAAGAGGAAGGAUGGGAAAGAGGAGAGGAUGGUUGAUAGAGAAACGACUUAG